GCCUUUCGCGAUUUAGUCGGACCAAGUCCUCGGAUGUGGUCAGUUGUACCCGAAAAAGACCGAAGGAGAAACAGGGCGCCUAGCAAUGGUUUCUUUGCAAUCUCAAAAGUCGACUAGCUCGACGUUAAGUCUCAUUUUGGUGAUUUUGAUCUCUCUCUUUGCAAAUGUUACUUCGAAAGAAGGAACCUUUUUCCUGGGAAGUCAACAGGAAUCAAACAUUAAGUCAUUUCUGCAGGAAAUUUGCAACAACACGUCAUCGCUGAUGGGCUUAACGGUGAAAUCGUUCGGUGGGGAACGGGUUGAUCGAAAUUUGGACCACCUGUGCACCGAGGGAGCCAACGGGCUGUUGCUGUGGGUUACGGCAGAAAGUUUUGAUCAGGCACCGGAUUUGGACACCAAACGUGAAUACGUCGGGAGAGCUGCAGCCCUGGAGGAGUUCAACGGGUACUGUAAAUACAGCCCGGUCACGAAGUCCUGCAGCAACGGCCAUGAGAAUCGGACAUCCACCAUCGUUGUCCUGGGCGAAAAAUACCCGGAACGUUACGAGAUCCGCGAUAUGGUGUACAAGAAAUGGACCAACGCCACCCGACUCGGCACCCCAAUUCUGGCCUACGCCACCCUCAAGAACCGAGAACCCACCUACAAGUACGUCGAUCAGGACAUCUCCUACCUCUCGGAUACUCGGGUCGAGUUCCAGCUUCCGGCAACGAUCGUCCACGGCCUUCCGCUGUCCGUGUACCGCGGCAAGGUGGAAACCUAUCGGGCGACCGCUGGCGAAACUUACUACGGACGAACCUUCAAGACUGCCAACGCAGUUCGUUACAUGAGCCCAAACACGGUCAUCAACGUAACGGUCACCGGCCUUGAAGAACGCGCCUACCGAGAAUUCCGAGCGAAGUUGGUUACCGUCUACACCGAAGAAGAAGGCCACGGUUGGUCCCGGGCUAUAGCUUCCAUCGAAGGCUCGGCCAUCGAAACAUCCCUGGCAGAAGUGAACGUCGAAUAUGGAGUGGUCAUUAGUGAGUACGAGGAAUCCUACCGACCGGGAGCUCCAACGGUGGCUCCAAACAUUCCCCACACCGAUCACCGAUAUCCGGGACAGCCAGCUGUCCAGGCUCCGUCGAAGCCAUCCCAGGAAAACAUCCACAUCCACAUUGGGGACAUCGAGAUGAGCCGAGUAUAUCCGGAGUUCAAAAACAUUGCCCUUGGAGCUUCAAUCGUGUUGUUUGGGGCACUGGCCAUCGCUCUGCUGGACAUCACUCGCCGGGUCAUCAGCGAUCGUCGCGCCAAACGGAUGGGAACGGGAAAGUAUAGCCGGGUUAAUGCGAACUAGAUAACCCUAACGCUAAGGAUGUUCUUUUCUGCUCUACCCGAAUAACUGCAACCUGGUGCGAAUGUUUCUACUCAUCACAACUUCUGUGUUUUCGUUUUAUUAUUUCUUGCUAAACCCUAGAUAGUUUGGUUAAGAUUAGUAGGUAUAAUAAUUAUUUCCAAAAUGAUAAUGUUAUUGCCAUUUGAUCAUCCGUUGUUCUACAUCGUUCCUAAAUUAUGUGAUUCCUAAUAAAUAAAUAUUAGCUCAUCGUUACAUUUAGUUCUACCUUAAA